AUGCCAAUAGCGACGUUGAGCACAGUAGCCGAUCACGAGAAACUGUAUCGUAAUUGUGUACCACAAAAGAACCCAUCAUCAUAUCCACUCGUUCCAAAUCAUACUCACUUUAUUCUGCUUGAUGAUAAAUGUGAUGCAAAUGGUGAAACCUGGAAACGAUAUGGAUAUCCAGUUCAAGCCGACCUCACUAUUCAAUUGCGUGCUGAAAUUGAACAGGAAGCUCGUUGUAGCUCUCAUUAUAGACAAAAUUAUACGAUUCCAAUUAUUCAAAUAUUAAUCGAAGGUGGUCCCUCAUCUCUUCUAACAGUGGUUGAAGCAGUAAUGCACGAAACGCCCGUCGUUGUUAUUGAAGGUACUGGUAGAGCGGCUAAUUUUAUUGCAAAAGCAUACAGAGCAUUGUAUGGCAAUCAAACAACAUAUAUCCCACCAGUGGACAAUAAUGCUAAUCUGUAA